CCCAUAUAUCAUAUAUAUCUAAUUACAUAUUGUGCGGCUCAGAUUGUUUUCCCAAUUAGGAAAUCACAUCCAUACCUCCCAAGCCUCUCCUUAUUUUCUUAAAAAUUUCCAUAAAUCAAACAGUAAAGAUCAUGAAGCAAUCAAUGAUACUUCAUUAAACUAUGUUCAACCAUCAAUUAUAUGAUAAAUUAAAUCAAUUCAAAUUCAUCCUUGGAUCAACGUCACCUCGUCGAUUAGAAAGCCUUCAACAAAAUUUAAAUAUUCAGCAUGAUCAAAUCCAUAUAAAGCCAUCUCAUUUUAAAGAAGACUUAAAUCAUGAUGAUUAUAACGAGAAUGAUUAUGUCAUAACUACCAGUUUACUUAAGGGGGAGUAUAUCCUAAAGGAAUUACAACAAGAAGAAAAACAAGAUAUGAUUAUCUUAACUUGUGAUACUAUCAUCAAAUGUAAUAAUGAGAUAUUUGAAAAACCAGAAACGAAACAGAAUCAACGAAUCAUGUUUGAUAAAUAUAAAGCUCAUCCUCAUAUUCAAGUGAUUUCUGCUACAACUAUCAUAAAAGUUCAUGAUUCAAGAGUCACAACCUAUCAAGAUACAGAAAUAACAGAUUUAACAUUCAAUACGGAAGAUAGCGAUGAUAUCAUCGAUGCAUAUAUAAAUUCAGAAGAAGGAUUGCAUGUAGCAGGAGGAUUCAAAUUCCAACAAUUAGGAAGUUUAUUAUUCUCUCUGAUUAAUGGUGAUUACUUUAAUAUCGUUGGGUUACCCGUUUUAAAAACAUUCAAGUUAUUAGAGAAAGCUCUUAAGUAAAGUUACAUACCCUUGUAUAUAUAUAAAUGGUCGGAUUGCAAAAUGUCGCGUAUGAAAAAUAUGAAAAUUGAAUUUUAUUUUAUGUGUAGAGACAUUUUUAUCCA